GUGCCUGUAUUUUUAUUAAUUUUGUAAUUUUGUUACCACGCUUAACCUUGAACGGUAAUAUUACUACGAGUUCAAAUUAUACUUAUUACAUACUUGUCGUUAUUGACUUAUUGUUACUAUUAUAACAAAUAAAAAUUUGUGUUUUGUAACUUUUGUUUCUUAAUAUUUCGGAAGCACUACAGUUAUACAUUAUCUGUAGUGUUGUAUGUACUUGAAAACAUUUGAAGUUCAUUCAGCCCGAAUCAGCCAUGUCCAACUGUUUGCAUUUAUGAUUUAUGAUUAAUUUUGACUAGGUGCUCUCCGCACAAGCUUGUUCGUUUAUUACGUACAAUGUCGCGUCAUACGUUUUCUUUAGCAGAAAAAAUUACAGUUGUGGAAUUUGCGAAGCUUACGAGUAUCCACAAAGCUGCGACAACGUAUAAUGUUGAUCGUAAGUCGGUUCGUUCAUGGAUUAAACAAGAAGAAAUACUUCGGGUUUCCGUUGAUCAAGGAGGUCAGUCGAAUCGCAAACGUUUGAACGGAGCUGGAAGGAAGCCAAAGAAAUUAACGGAACGCACGGAUAAAAGCGGGAAAUUUUCGACACCUGCAAGUAAUGGCGCUUCGGAAUCAAAUACGAAAGGGUCAACCGCGAAGAGUACUUCUCGUGCAGUUCAGAAACGAGGGCGAAUACGGGAUCUGUUAGCACAGGAGGAAGAACUUAACACAGCCCUGGCAUCUGCCACUGUGUCUUGGCAGCAGGAUGGUGACCAGGAUCAUCUGCGCUCCUGGGUAACAGCCGCGUGGAAUCUGAUGAAAGUGUCUAUGCAGAUCGGUGAGAAUCGGAUGGAGACGGAAAUAUCUGGAUUAAGGAAGGACCUCUCUGAUGUGAAAGCUAAAAUCAAAGGGUUGGAAACUAAGCUGACUGGUAUAGAAGCACUAUUAGCCGCAGUGGUUCAGCAUUUGAGCCUUCCUCAAACCCAGUAGGACUGUGUUCAGGUUAUUUGUCAUUCUUUUUUGUCUGUUAUUAUUUUGUAGCCACAUUUUAUUAUUUGUUGGUGCUCGACCGUUUUUGUUUGCAUGAAAAAAAAUUCAGUUAAGUAUCAGUUGAAUCUCUUUGUUGUUGUACACAUCGUUGUCGACAACUUGCAAACUGAAAACUUUGACUGAAAAUGAAAUUUCGGCAGCGGAA